AUGGCGACAGCAGCAAAGGAGAUCGUGCGAACAAGAGAGAACAUUUAUGGUUAUUACGAAGGGCUCCAGCGGCUUAAGAUAACAACUGGACUGGAACUCCCAGCCACCAACGGAAAUCCUUUCAACGAGGAGUACUACACUGGUGGCAAGAAGAGUGGAAUGCUUGUUCAGGAUCCAACGAAAGUUCAUCAGGCAAAUGCAAUUUUCAAUCAGGCUAGACAAUUUAGUGCUGUAGAAAUACAUGCUAGUGUUCCUCACUCGUAUUCAAACUCACAUGCUAAUGUUCCUCACCCAUAUUCAAACUCACAUGUUAAUGUUCCUUACCCGUAUUCAAACUCAAAUAGCUUUACUAGAAUACGGAGGCUGCUCUCAGGAGAGGCGGUGUCAUUUGCUGCUCAGCAGCGCAUAGUUGUCACUCACAACAUCGUUUUUUGGAGGAAUGGGUUCACAGUAGAUAAUAGUCCAUUUCGAAGGUUGGAUGAUCCUCAAAAUGCAUCCUUCUUGGAGAGCAUCAGGAAGUCUGAGCGUCCAAAAGAAUUUGAGCCAGCGGAUAGGAGGAUUGCUGCAGUUUAUGUUAAUCUCUUUAGGAUGGAGAAUGAUUUCCCUGAACCUGAGAAACACCAUGUUCCAUUUCAGAGCCAUAUUCCAUUUCAGGGUGCAAGAAGAACUUUAGGUAGGAGCUCCAGCAGCAGCCCCACGCCGAUGGAGGCUGAUGCUUCUGCUUCCGUCAACACGGUUCCACCUCCAACCAUGGGUGUAAUUGUGGAUAACACAUCACCUUCUACCUCAAUUCAGGUCAGGUUGGCAGAUGGUACCCGAGUUGUUUCGCGCUUCAACUACCACCAUACGAUCAGAGAUAUCCGUGCCUUCAUUGAUGCAAUGAGGCCUAGCGGGGAUAGGUCUUAUGAACUGCAAGCAGUGGGUUUCCCUCCCAAACAACUCACUGAUUUGGAACAGACAAUAGAGCAGGCGGGGCUGGCCAAGUCAGUUGUGAUCCAGAACUAG